GGAAUGUUUACGAUGUUUGAGAAGAAUAAUAACCGCGGAACAGUUGUUCCCAACCAGUUCCUAUCCGUGUUCGACGAGAAAAUGGCCUCUAUAUUUUUUUCGAGUUCGAAAAAUGCUUAAAAAAAAUCGCCGAUGAAUCAUCUUGAAAGAGUCCCAGGAUUCGUUAUAUUUUCGCUGUACAGCAAGCCAGCGCCGGCCUUCCGACAUUACGGAGGGACCCACUUAUAACAUAUUUCAUUUUUCGUCGCGUCGCUCUAUUUUUGCGCCCACCGGUUUUCUAGCUGGUUUACCAGACGCUGUGGAUGUCUUUAUACCGGGACGGAAAAGCCGCGGCACUUCAGGUAUCCGUCGUCCGCCGUGCGAAGUAUCCGUCACCAUGGAGGAAGACGAUCAAAAAGUGGCCGUGAUGCGAAAAGCGUUUCAAAUGUUCGAUACGACGAAGAGCGGUUUCAUCGACACGUUGAAAAUUUCAACGAUAUUGAACACGAUGGGCCAAUUGUUCGACGAUUCCGAUUUGAACGCCUUGAUCUCGGAGAACGAUCCGGAAGGGACCGGUAAGGUAAACUUCGACGGAUUCUGCAGAAUCGCUGGCCGAUUCUUGGAGGAGGAGGAUGCCGAAGCGAUGCAAGAGGAAUUGAAAGAGGCGUUCCGUUUGUACGAUCGCGAAGGGAACGGAUAUAUAACGACGGCCACGUUGAAGGAGAUACUUGCCGCCCUCGAUGAUAAACUUACCAGCGCGGAUUUGGACGGGAUAAUUGCUGAAAUCGACACCGACGGUUCCGGCACUGUUGAUUUUGACGAAUUCAUGGAGAUGAUGACUGGGGAAUAAAUGGUGAAAUAAUUUGGCAGAGCGACGUCGAAGACAGUACAUUUUAAAAUAAUAUUUUAAUAUUUUUUUUUUUUUGAUGUUGAUACUAGUGAUCCUAUUUGAAAGAAAUUUGUUUAAUAAAAUAUAUAAUACAC